GAAUUGGUGGCUGGCUUUGGCACAUGCAAUGGCAGCAGCAGGCUCCUGCUGGCCACGUGUCGACGAGACGGCACAACGAGAUUGUUGCAGCACUGUGCAUGGCGAGCGCGGCCAUCCUGCGUGCUUCAAUGAGUUCUUCUCAUUCGAGGUGUGUUGCUUGGGCAAGGCAGCGCCGUUUGCAUCCUGGCCUGUGGACAUUGUGAUUUUGGGAUUUCCAAGCUCUGGCACGACAAGCAUGACAAGGACGCUGGCGUCACACCGAAAUGUUACUUUGUUCAGCCGCGAUGCGUUGGGGAGGCGGUGGAACAAGACGGAGAUGCAGGCUUUGAACUUCCUUAUCGCGAAGCGGUCACGCUUCGCCUUCAUCAAGCUGGGAUGGGAGAUGGCUCGGGAGAAGAGGACAAAAGCCUUGGAUCGAUUUACAGAGUCUUCUUCAAAGCUGCUAAUGUCAGACCCCACACUGAUGUUGAGCCCGGACACGAUCUGGGCUAUGCUACAACUGCGGAUGGCGAAGUUUCUGGUCAUGGUGCGCGAUCCAGUGUCAUGGUUUGCAGCUUCAAUAUGCAGAGCUGGCUGCACAUUACAGCAUCAGCGGGCUGCUCUGUGUCAUCGCUUGCCAUCCUGGGCCAAGAGGUUUGGAAGCACCUGGCGCGCCCCACUUGGGAAUUGGCUCCGUUUUUGCGAGGCCCACGAGAACUGGUUUCCCUGCGCCAACUACUCACUGGCAACGCCAUACGUGUCACAUCGGCUGCAGGGUUUGAUUGAGAUGCUUCCUGGACGUUCCCGGCUCGCAGUUGUGAGCCUUGAGUCGUUGAAGGCCGAGCCGCGCCGAAUGAUGACGGCAAUCUAUUCAUUUCUGGGCCUUCGGCCGGCGCAGCGCAACUUCUUGUCUCUCAAUGCUCAUGAGGCCAGUCACCCCUGCCAACGGCUUAUGCAGAAUGAUGCCAGACUCACUCAUCAUUUCCAAUCCGAGCGAGCGAAGCUGGCUGCCAUUCUCAAGGCCUUUUCGCCUGACAAGCGGCUCCGCCAAAACUUCACCCUGUAGCUUCUAGGCACUGUCAGAGAUUGCUACCUGUGCGUCGUGCGCAUGCACCGGCAAAUGGCCAUUGAGCUCCAUACCAUCUCGAACUCAGCCGACUGUCCUCGAUGGCAUGCGCUACACGAAAUUCCGCCACCUCGCGGAUGCAUUUCCGGCCGAUCCUUAAUCAUGCAUCAAAACAAUUUGGACUGCGGGAGUUGACGGCGUGCAAUGUGUGCGCUGACGUGUGGAACGAGAAGUUGGUUGAGUAUGUGCAGCGCGCCCAUGGCCAUGAUGGGCAAAUUGUGAUUUCGACGCGCUGGGGGCUAAAUUCGAAGUCACACUUGGAUCUUCCUGUGAGACUGGAGUCGCUUCCUGGGAAGUAUAGAUGUUGAAUUGGCAAGGUGUUUGAAAGACACAGCUUUUUGUGAGAAUGCAGGCUGUUCAAUAGCCUGCAUUUGCAAGCUAGUUGUAAAGGAGCGGAAUGUCAGACACUGUGACAUUUGGAUCUCAGGAUUGUAUUGAAUUCAUUUGAUUUGCCUUCCGGCAGGGGGCUGGCAUGAAUUGGACUUUGGGGGCUUGGCCAUGUCUUUGCCUGUAGGCUGAGUGUCCAAGAGAGGUUGAAGGCCUUGUGAACUCUCCGGCUGCAGAGGUGGCCCUACUGGCGCAGCGAGGUGAUGUGCGGACAGCAGUCCAGCCGAGACUCAGAUAAAGACUGGGUCGAGGAGGCAGCGGGGACGUGUUGGGGGCUGCCUGGGGGGCUGCGUUUGCUUCCUUGGAUUGGAC